AUGUUACAAGAUACUCAUAUACCCAACACAACAGCUUCUUUCUCGACCACAGCUGUCUUGGAAAGAAACUUUCCCAAGUCCAAGAUUGACAACUACGAGUCAAGUACCUACAAAACACUUGCUUUCUAUAAAUUCUACCCUUUUACCAAACCAGAAUUGGAAGCACUAAAAGAAAAGCUUCUUCAUGAUUUUGGUGAGUGGGGUAUUGUGGGUAGAAUCUAUAUUUCAAAAGAAGGCAUCAAUGCACAAAUUGCUUGCCCUGAAGAACGUUUGCCGGAAUUAAGAGCUUAUCAUCAAAACUAUUUGACACCUUUGGUGGGUGGUAACUUGAUGGAUUUAAAUAUCGGUACUGAACAUGGAAAGCGUUCUUUCCGUGCUUUACAUGUUCGUAUCCGUAAGCAGCUUAUUGUGGAUGGAUUGAAUUCAGAAGACUAUGAUUUAACCAACGAGCCUUCUCAUCUUUCACCUGCAGAUUGGCAUGAAAAACUAACUCAAUAUGAACAACAAUAUGGCAAGAAGCCAGUCUUGAUUGAUAUGCGUAACCACUAUGAAAGCAACAUUGGUUUUUUUGACGGUGCCAUUCGUCCUGAUGCAGACACUUUUAAAGACAGUAUUACAGCCAUGAAUGAGAUCUGUAAAGACUUGCCUCGAGACCAAGAGGUUUUCAUGUAUUGUACGGGUGGUAUUCGCUGUACAAAAGCAGGUGCUAUUCUUCAGUCUGCUUCUGGAUUCAAGACGGUUCAUUUAGUAGAAGGUGGUAUUACUUCCUAUGGUCGCUGGAUUGAAGAACAAAAAGACAAGAUGUCCUUAUUCAGAGGCAAGAAUUUCACAUUUGAUGCUCGUAUGGGUGAAAAGAUCACAGAUGAAGUGUUUGGUAAAUGCCAAGUGUGUGGUCAACCCAGCAGUCGUUAUCAAAACUGUGCUCAUUCUUCCUGUAAUAUUUUGAUGCUCUGCUGUCCAAGCUGUGCAGGUCAAUUCUUGAAUACUUGUGCUAGACCCAAAUGUUAUGAUACAGUCAAUGAAUUCAUGACUUCAACCAAAGAGCACUUUGAACCGGCUGGCCCUGUGAUGGUGGAUGGUGUACGUGUGUUUGUGAAAGAAGGCGAGAAAGAUAUGGACGCUGCUUCUAAUCGCAUUGUGAUUGGUAAGAAAGGACAAGGCUGUGAACAUGAUCAUAUUCGUCGUACAAGAGCGAUUGAGAUCUUGGGUGAACCAGGUGAAAUUUUGAAAGAAUGGGCUAAGGCGGGUAGAGAUCUUCCUCCUAAGCCUGUAGAAACAUCCAUUUAA